AUGGCUCUUGUUUUUAUUUCUCCUCGCCUAUUAGUCACCAUCUUCGAGCCGCCGCCACUCGAUCCCAGCAAAGCUGCGAUCGAAAAUGUUCUCGAGCUAACUCCCAUCAGCGACAUCGGCCCUGAUGUCUUCACAAAUACCCGGCCGCUGUGGCAUCCGCCCGGCGCGCGUGGUAUCUACGGCGGCGCCGUCAUAGCGCAAUGCCUCUCUGCCGCGCAGCUCACUGUGCCCGACAACUUCUUCGUGCACAGCAUGCACUGCUAUUUUGUGCUUGCUGGUGACUCCGAGAUCCCCAUUGUCUAUCAUGUUGAGCGCGUCCGCACCGGCAGAAGCUACGCUACCAGAACGGUGCAGGCGCGACAGCGCGGACGCCCCAUUUUCACCACCACGCUGAGUUUCAAUGCCGCGAAUAGUGGCGGAAAGAGAAAAGUCGAACAUGACUCCAAGAUGCCUGAUGCACCGCCUCCAAAGGAACUACCAACUCCGCCGGAAGCGCGGAGUCCCUUUGAAUCACAGAGACUGGAUGACAGUCCUCUCUUGAUCUCAGAUGACACAAAUAUCGAGGACAGGAAGCUGCGCCAAUGGAUACGUACCCGGGGCAAAAUUUCCCAAGCAGGCGGUCACCAGGCCCAUCUAUCAGCAUUUGCAUACAUGUCGGACAGUUAUUUCAUCGGCACAGUUGCCCGAUUACACCAAAUCCCACGGUUUUCCUCUCCAGCAGCCCUGCAACGCGCUCUCAAGGCACUCAAGAAUCCCUCCGAUCUUGACAGUGAAGCCCUAUCGCGCUAUUUCAAAGAACUUGCGGAUGAGGAAGCGGCAGAAAUCCGCGCUGGAACGUUGAAUGGCACUUUAACGGCGAAUAGGCUGUCGUCAAUCAUGAAGAGAAAUGAUAGUAGGGAAAUUGGCAUGAUAGCACUUAGGGCAGAUGACUGGUUACUUGUCAGUAUGGACAGCCCCUGGGCGGGCGAAGGCAGGGGUUUGGUCACGCAAAAGGUGUGGUCAAGAGAAGGCGUGCAUGUGGCGACGUGUAUUCAAGAGGUAUUUUCCAUCUUUGACUUCUAUCUUUGA